AUGGCGCUGAGCGAGCCAAUUCUGCCGUCCUUUGCCACGUUCGCUAGCCCGUGCCGCGAGCGCUGCCUUCAGGAGCGAUGGCCGCGCGCCGAACCCGAAACGGGUGGCGCCGACGACGACCUCAACAGCGUGCUGGACUUUAUCCUAUCCAUGGGUUUGGACGGUCUGGGUGCGGAGGCCGCCCCGGAGCCGCCGCCGCCGCCGCCUGCCUUCUACUACUCGGAGCCCGGCGCGCCGCCACCCUACGGCGCCCCCGCGGGCGGCCUGGUGUCUGAGCUACUGAGGCCGGAGCUUGACGCACCGCCGCCGCCCGGACCACAGCCAGGGCCCUCUCUGCACGGCCGAUUCCUGCUGGCGCCACCCUGCCGCCCGGUCAAGGCAGAGCCGCCGGAGGCCGACGGCGGCGCCUACAGCUGCGCGCCCGGCUUGGCCCGCGGGCAGCGCUGCCUUAAGCGCGAGGGCGGUCCGGGCACCGCCUGCAUGCGGGGCCCAGCUGGCCGCCCGCCGCCCUGCGACACGCCGCCGCUCAGCCCCGACGGCCCCGCGCGCCUGCCCGCGCCUGGUCCGCGUGCCACCUUCCCGCCAACCUUCGGGGGUCCAGGCUUCGGCGCUGCGCCCUCGCCCGGCCUGCACUUCGCGCCGCCCGCAGCCGCCGCCUAUGGUCUCUUUGAGGAUGCGGCCGCCGCUGCCGCCGCACUGGGCCUUGCGCCUCCCGCCGCCCGCGGCUUGCUCACACCGCCCGCCUCCCCGCUGGAGUUGUUGGAGGCGAAGCCCAAGCGCGGCCGCCGCUCCUGGCCCCGCAAGCGCACGGCUACGCACACCUGCAGCUACGCUGGCUGCGGCAAGACCUACACCAAGAGCUCGCACCUCAAGGCGCACCUGCGCACGCACACAGGUGAGAAACCCUACCACUGCAACUGGGAUUCCUGCGGCUGGAAGUUCGCGCGCUCUGAUGAGCUCACGCGGCACUACCGCAAACACACGGGCCACCGGCCCUUCCAGUGCCACCUGUGCGACCGCGCCUUCUCGCGCUCCGACCACCUGGCGCUGCACAUGAAGAGACACAUGUAG